CUCCUUCCCUCCCUCUCUCUCUCUCUCUCUCUCUGUGCUGUACUCUUCAAGUUCCAAACUAUGUUGGAGUAAGCUACCGAUAGAAACCCAUUCAGCAGAGCAACUAAGAGAAAUUCUACCAACACACCAAGAACUGCACGAAGCAAUUUUUCUUUUAAAACUGAAUCCCCGGUCAAACUGGCAAAGAUCGGCAGGUGAGGACCAUGUUAAACGUGGAGGUUUGUGUUGUGUUGUUGAUGGCCAGAAUUGGCUCUGUGCUCAGCGGAGGUUAUGCUCAAGCAAAAUACAUCCACCCGAUGGUUAAAGGACCACCUGGACCCCCAUUCAGAGAAGGCAAAGGGCAGUAUAUAGAAAUCCCAGUGAUUCUCCCUUCGGAGCUCAAGGGUGACAAGGGUGUUCCGGGAAUUCCGGGACCGAUGGGCCCUCCUGGAGCUCCUGGAAAACCAGGAAAACCGGGGAUCGGGAAACCGGGAACGCAAGGUCGGAUUGGCCCUUCCGGGCCACCGGGCUUCACUAGGUUUGGAAAGCCGGGAAUGCCGGGAAUCCCGGGUAAAGAAGGAGGCAAAGGAAUUCCUGGAACCAAGGGAGACACAGGAAUUAGAGGAGAGCCAGGACCCAGGGGCAUGUCAGGCCCUCCCGGGGUUCCUGGACCUUCAGGCUUUUCUGUCAACGGUAAAAUAGGACCACCAGGACGCGUUGGAGCCCCAGGGUUCAAAGGAGAACCGGGAGAAAAAGGAAAAGCCGGAAUUCCUGGGGCAGUUGGUCCUAAAGGUGAGCCGGGGUAUGGGAAGCCCGGCAUUCCCGGUCCGCGUGGGAAAGAAGGACCUCAAGGAAAACUCGGCCCCCCUGGGCUACCUGGGGCAGGAAAACCUGGGAUUAACGGAUUACCUGGCUUUCCUGGUGCAAAGGCGGAAGUGGGACGUAGGGGGGAGCCCGGCCCGUCCGGCCCCCCUGGGCCUGAGGGACCCCUGGGAAAGCCUGGCCUGGAUGGUAUCGGGAGACCAGGUCAAAAUGGAUUACCAGGGAUUCCGGGCGGGUUGGGGCAGAAAGGUGAACCUGGAAUACGAGGUCCCCCUGGUGCUCCCGGACCCCGAGGAUAUGCAAAGCCGGGAAUUAAUGGAUUCAAAGGUCAGCAAGGACCUCCCGGCAUCCCAGGGCCACCAGGAAUCAAAGGCGAUUUGGGAUUAAAUGGCAUAGCUGGCCCGCCCGGUCCUCACGGAGAGAGGGGGCUCCCAGGACAUGGUGGGCCCCAGGGACACAUGGGCAAACAUGGCUUUCCUGGACUUAAAGGUGAUAUUGGACCCGUUGGGCCAAUAGGACCUAAGGGAAUUCCUGGGAACCAAGGACAUAACGGGCUCAAUGGGAAACCCGGGGUCCCUGGCGAGAGAGGGUUACCAGGAUCUCAAGGUCCCUCGGGAUCAAUGGGCCCCAAAGGAGAAGCUGGACUGACAGGGCUUCCCGGGGUAUCGGGUUUGGUUGGACCUGUUGGACCUAAAGGAGAUCCUGGAUAUUCAGGGCAAACCGGCCCGAGGGGCUCGUCUGGAAUUCCGGGACUCCAGGGCCCAGUGGGGCCCACAGGACACAUAGGGUUACCGGGACCUAAAGGAGAACCAGGCCCCCCAGGGCUCCCUGGAGAACGGAGGUUAGGUCCACCCGGAAUUAAAGGACCGAUGGGAAACCCUGGGAUAGCCGGGGUCAAAGGCAUGCCGGGGGUUCAGGGUCCUCCCGGCCCCCCGGGGCCCCCAGGUCUCCCAGGGACCUUCAUUAACGGGGCGGUCACGGGAAUAGCUAGUCUGGACGGAACCGUGGACGGAGCAACUAUCCCGGAAGAUAGGAAACCUGGGAAAUUUUACUACGGGAGAGGAGACCUCACUGGCCAAGCAGCUCCUGCUUUCACAGCAAUCCUGUCCAAACCCUUCCCACCCUCAGGGUCACCCAUCAUGUUCGACAGGAUUUUGUACAAUGGGCAGAAUGGCUACAACCCGGUGACAGGAUUGUUCACGUGUAAAAUACCAGGCAUCUACUACUUUGCUUACCACGUGCACGUCAAGGGGACCAACAUCUGGGUGGCUCUGUAUAAGAAUAACGUGCCGGCAACAUACACAUAUGACGAAUACAAGAAAGGGUUCCUCGAUCAGGCAUCGGGAAGUGCUGUGCUGGAACUUAGAGAAAAUGACCAGGUUUGGGUGCAGAUGCCUUCAGACCAGGCAAAUGGAUUAUAUUCCACUGAAUACAUCCACUCUUCCUUCUCAGGGUUCCUACUCUGCCCCACAUAACAUUGAUCGACUUGCACUAGCGGAUAUCUAUCUAGCCGUAGUCGUAAACUUAUCAGGAGGAACGGAGUUUUCACUGGAAGUAAAAAAAAAAGCACAAGUGUUAUUAUAUGUUGCUGCAGCUUUCCAGUAUUAAAGAAACAAAGUCUUAAAAUGUCAGCCUCUGGGUGAUUGAUGAGUGACCGAUAAAGUACCACAGCCAAACUUCAGAUGUCCCCCAGCGACUGCACAAGUCUUCAGCUUAUGGUGAAAUGGAAUUAAUGUGGAACUAUUGCUUCUAUAUCAGUGAUUCUCACGGUAAAACCUGUUUCAUUUGUAAUGAAAUGAAACUUCACUCCGAUGCAGAUGAUACUUGUAACUUCUUGUGCCUAAUUUUGAAUGAUGUUUUACCGUAAGGAUACAUUUCCUGGUGUCCACCUUUAUACUGUCGACCCCAUUCAGUUACCAUAUUGCAAGUUGUAUUCUACUUAUUAUUCUAAUAAUCAUAUCUUUUCAAGUGCAAUACGUAGUCAGUGGGGCUCCAUUGUAAAUUCAGACAACUGUGUGCACUGUGUACUGAGUGAGGAUUUAAUGCGUUGUAGAAUGUUAUAAUAAUUUGGUCAUUCAAUCCACGACUGUUUGUGGGAC